AUGAGCACCCUUACGCCCGCGCAGCGUUUCGAUGACGAGAAGCAGCGCAUCAUCGCAAGCUGCUUCAGCAAGCGCGACGAGGACGGCAGCGUGCCCGAGACGUAUAUCACUCACAUCCGCAUCACCGAGUGGCAGAACUACCCGUCGUCGCCGCCGCCCCCGAGCGCCCGCGCCCCGCAAUACGAGAAGCCGCGUGUCAUCAUCGUCGCCGUGCGCAAAUCGGGCCGCCUGCGCGUGCACAAGAGCAAGGAGAAUGCCAACGGCACCUUUUCCAUCGGCAAGACGUGGUGGCUCGACGACCUGCAGAGCAUCGAGUCGUUCACCAGCCCGUCGGCCAACCCAAACCUCCGCGAAUGGGCCCGAGAUGUCGGAUUUAUAGUGACGCUGGGCAAGCCCUACUACUGGGAGGCCCACUCAGAUAAGGAGAAGAAGUUCUUUAUUGCCAGCCUAAUCAAGAUCUUCAACCGUUAUACCGGCGGACGAACGCCGAAUCUUGUUGGUUUCGACCAACGCGAGCUCGACCAGGUCUUGGGAGGCGCCCAGGCCCCGCCACCAUCAUCUCGCAGACAAGACCGUCCGCCGCCGAGACACCUCGACAGUACUGGCAGUGCUACCAGCACGACUACGGCUGCCUCGCUUGCUGCUCCUCAACCCCCUGGACCGGCCACCUCUACCAGUUCGAUCGGUAGCUAUAAUGCCCCGACGGUCUCUGAUAAAGGGCCGUCAAGCAGCCCCCUGAUGACAGCCCGCAAUGGGCGAACCGGUUCCCCAGCGCAGAGCAUCGAUUCGGGUCGUCCCUCUUUCGGCCAGCAACAACAACAAUCUCAACAACCCGGUCCCCAGUCAUCCCUGAGGAACCUGGCCUCGGUCAACCGCAGCCAGGACUCUAUCGCCGCCGCCGGCGGAUCGAUCGGGAGAAAUGAUGAUGCCAGCAGCCUACGGCCCAGUACCCGCAACGGAGUCAACGGCUCUUCUCCCUACGGAACCCCCGACAGCACCCCUGGCCCGCAACCGUCCGAUGAGAAGCCACCGGAGAGGAAACGGCCCCCCUUAGAACCUAUCAGGUCAAUCCCGCUGGAGCCAGACCUGGUGCCAGCGCCGCUGACCCCGGGUAUGCGCCAGCCCAUGGCCAUCCCGCCGCGCAGCAUGGAUCGCAUUGUUCCACGGAAGACGUCUAUCAGCCGACCAAACGACCAGCCCCCGCCGUCUCGGGGAGGUGAAGCCGUGACGCCUAUUGACAAUAUCAAGCCCGAAUUCCCCAGCAGGGCGGCCACCCCUGUCGCGGGUAGUUCUGCUCCGCCAUCAGCGGCCGGUACUCCCAAGUCCACUCCUCCGGUGCAGCCGGCUCCCCAGCCAGCGCCCUCGGCUGAGACCCCGAAGUCACCACCCCCUGAGCCAGAGGAGAAGCCUGGUCUUGGGCCCAUGGUGAGGCCGAAGAAGUCGAGAGGCGAAAUUGCUGGCGCAUUGUGGAAAGCUGCAACAGCUGCCAGCGCGUUCCGGCCGCGUCCUGGCGGUGCCAUGGAGCGUCUGCUUAAGAAGGAAGAGAAGAAGGACGACGAACCCGAUGGUAUAACUCGCGUAGUGCCUGCGCCUAAGCCUCCUGUUCAGAAGCCCUCGGAGCCGGAGAAGCCUGCUGAACCGCCCAAGGUAGAUAAGGCGCCGGCUGUCCCGGAGGUCAAGGUGACUGGGUCUGACGGUGCCACGACGGCUCAGAAGGAGAAGGAGAAGGAGAAGGAGAAAGAGAAGGAGAAGCAGCAGGAGGAGGAGGAGGAGGAGGAGGAGCAGCGCCCUGUCGUCGCCGGCAACGACGCCAAGUACCUGGCGACACUUGGCAUCGACCCGUCGAUCCUGGACGCGCGCCCGAGCGAGUUCACCAAGUGGUUGGACUAUUUCGGCUGGGUGCCUGGCGACAAGAUGCGUACGCGCACCUUUGAGGACCUGCGCGCCGAUAUCGAUCGUGAAAUCAGCAAGGCGCAGGCCGGCGCUUGGGUCGCGCGCUUCCAGGACGACGACGAGCGUGUCGAGGCUAUCAAGCGCGGCAUCGAUCUUGCCAUCGCCGAGUGCGAGGAGUUGGAUAACCUACUGACGCUGUACAGCGUCGAGUUGUCGACUCUGUCAGAGGAUAUUGCCUACAUCGAGGCCCAAGGCCAGGGUCUGCAGGUACAGGCCGCCAACCAGAAACUGCUCAAGAAGGAGCUCGAGUCCUUGCUUGAGACCUGCGCUAUCAGCCAGUCCGAUCUGGCCGCGCUUAGGAGCGCGCCGAUCGAGACAGCUGACGGUGUUCAGGAGAUCGAGGCCGCCCUCGUGACGCUGUACAAGGCCAUGAUCAAGAUCGACCCGACGCUUGGCCGCAAGAACGGCGACGAUGCAGCCGGAGACCAUGUUGGCCUCGACAACAGCGAUUAUGGCAAGAUGCGCAUCGUGCAGGAGAAGAAGGAAAUGUACCUGCAGGAGAGCUCGGCAUUUAUGCGCCGGUUGGUAGUUUGCAUGGACCAGAUGUUCACCGAGGCCUUCCGUGAGACGCGCGCUGCCCUGGACGGCGCCCUGGCCAAGAAGGUGGAUCCACGCAAUCAUGACGCUGGUCGCGACCUGCUGUGGAUGUACAGCCCACUGAUCCUGUACGCGCGUGAUGUCGAUCUUGACAACUGGAACCGCAUCCUGCAGGUUUACCAGGAGCGCAGCGCCCCGGUGUACCGAGCAGAGUUCCGCGACGCGGUCGAGGCUUGGAAGAAGAACGCACGCAAGACGCCCGCCUUCGGCGACGACGCUGACCUGCUGUUUACGGCUUACCAGGAGAAGAAGGAGGAAGGCCUGGCCACGACGGCGAGGAAGUUGACUGUCAAGCGCAGUCAGACCCUGGCUCGCACGUUGCGUGGCGAAGGUAGCCGGUCAAACCUGCAGGACAGGGACGCCCAUGCUCACCGCGCGCUCCCGUACGAGGUGUUCGCCGGCGUCGUGGACGACUUGUUGCCGCUGGUCGAGAUGGAGCAGAAUUUUAUUGUCGAUUUCUUCCAUGCUACUACGCUCGAGCAGUCAGAUUUCCCCGAUCUGGUGGCUGCUGCCCGGCCGCAUGAUCGGAGAGGAGGGGAUCUGAAGAGGCACCGGCUCAUGGAGCCUGAUCGUGAUUUAGCCAGGCGGGUAACUAAGACCAUGGAGGGCAUCUUCGGCUUCUUGGAGCAAAGCCUGCAGCAGUUGAUUGAUUGGGUGUUGGUUCAGGAUCCCUUACAAGGAGUUGGCAUCUUAGCCACGCUCGAGCGCAAGAUGCACGAUCUUAACCAGUCCAACCAGGAUUUCCUCAACAAUGUGCUCCAGAAACUCCAUGGCAACCUCGAAACCCGUUUCAAGAAGUUCGUCGACGACCAGGUGCGCGCGAUCGAAGAAACAAAGGUCAAGAUCAAGAAGCGCAAGGGCGUCAUCCACUUCGUGCGCAUCUUCCCCCACUUCAGCGCCGCCGUUGAGAACAUGCUCUCGGCUGCCGACGCCCACGCCCUGCCCAUCCGUCGGAUGGUCGACCGCGAGUACGAUCGCAUCCUCAAGUCCAUGUUCGACUCGCUUAAGGUUAUUGCCCGCGAAAACCCCGCUGUCGUGGCCUCUUCUGCAGCCAGCACCAUUACCUCUGCUACGUCGACGACCGCAGGUACCACCACGACCAUCUCGGCGCUGCACCAAGCUGAUCCGGAGGAUAAAGAGGCGCUCAACUUCCAUAUCCUCCUCAUCGAGAACAUGCACCACUUCCUGGAGGAGACCUCUCCCGAGAGUGGUCUCUACCCGCGCCCGCUCGAGGUCCUGGACGACUGGCGCGAGGCUGCACAGCGCGAGCUUGCCGAGCAUAUGCAGCUGUACCUGAACGCUGUGAUGCGUCGUCCGCUAGGCAAGUUAUUAGAACACCUGGAGAAUGUGGAGGCGCAGCUUGCUGCGGGCAAGACUGCCGCGCAGGUGGCUGCCCAGCCAUCCAACUCAAGGCAGGUGUUUAACAAGGUGCUUGGAGGGUAUGACGCCCGUGAAGUGAGAAAAGGCAUCGAGGCUCUCAGGAAACGCGUGGAGAAGCACUUUGGCGGUGAUGAUAAGGAGGAAUCUUCCUCCUCCGGGAAUCUCACACCCGGUGGUGUGGGUGCUGGGCAAACACCCGGGGCUGUGGGAGAGAAGAGCGCACACAGUCACGGCCUGGUGGGCCAGGUGCUAAGGGAGUGUGAGCGGUUCUAUGGUGAGGUGGAGAUGCGGAUUGGCAGGGUCACGACGGAGGUAUAUGGCGGUGAUGUGCUGUUUGAGUGGCCUCGGCAGGAGGUCAGGGCUGCUUUCGCUGGCGUGGGGAGGUAG